AUGGCCCUCGCCAGCCCAACGUUGGUCCGAGUCUCUGGUUUGUGGUACGACGAUGGAAACAUCGUCUUCCAAGCCGAAUCAAGCUUAUUCCGAGUCUCCUUGGGUGUCCUCGCAGCACAUUCUCCCAUCUUUGACGAUCUCCUAAAAUUGCCACAGUCGCAGGACCAAGAGAUGUAUGAAGAUUGCCCGUUGAUGGUGUUACACGACAAAGCGGAGGACUUGGCGAAUUUUUUGAGGGCGGUCUAUUAUUGUGGAUUCUUUGAACCCCCACCAAGCAAAACCACAAUCGACAUUGUGGCCGGUGUACUACGCCUAAGCACCAAAUAUGAGGUUUCUUAUCUCCGCCAACAUGCACUACGACAUCUCGACACCUUGAUGUGCAAUACCCUCCAAGAUUUUGAUGCUCUAAAAAGCAAAAAGACAAUCCAGUCUACUGAAUCUUUUUCUUUUUUCAUAGCAGAUCUGGUGCACGAAAUGGAUCUACCAUGGCUUCUGCCCCCAUUUUUGUACAACUGCACUCUGAAUAUCAAGAAAGUCGCCAUGGGUCACACGUACAGAGGCGAAGAAAGGUGUAUGAAUAGCUCACAACAAUUGGCCUGCGUCAAAGCUCUGCAGCCAUUGGAAAAAUGGUACAAGGGAGACAUUUUGGGCUUCUUAUACUGGACGGACGUAGAUGGUUGCGAGUCUCCCGCCCAGUGCGAUGAAGGUCGUCUCAAACUGGCAUGCUCUUCUUUCGAUGCACACCAUUGUGCGCUUGUCCCGUUUUCCGGUCUUAUUGGGGAAAAUGUCCGAGAUUUCGUCUGCACGACGUGUUGCACUGCAAGUCGCGACGCACAUUCUGCCGCGAGGGAUGCGCUUUGGGAAGCUUUGCCUGGAUUAUUUGGCCUUCCUCCUUGGGAGACUCUCAGGGCGCUCAGAGAACAUGCUUUGACUAGCUCAGAUGCGUCCUCCGAAAUGGAACCUAUCAAGACUACCACACGGCCUGAAAUAGAGGAUGAGUCAGAACCCCCGCUUUCCCUUUUCCAUUAG